AUGAAGUUUGCUGCUCAUACAAACCAAAUAACACUAACCAGGAACUAUUUAAGCUCCAUUACGCAUGUGGAUGGUCAAGGAAGUUUUCUCAAAAUGCCCCUGCGGAGCGAUCAAACCGAGGACUUCCGUUCAAUAACUGUCAAAAAAAAUCCAGAUCUUUUUCUCUCUUUGCCUGCAAAGGCACAGGAUAAAUUAAAACAGCGACCUGAUUAUAUUGUCAUUUCCGAGCAGCUUAAGGAUCUAGUUUCCAAGACGGAUGCUCAAAGCAGAAAAGACAAAAGCCGACUUAUCUCACGCAGACGCAAGCUUGAAAAAGCGGAGCUGGACAAAGCUCGCAGUUCCCAAUCCCGGGUGCACCCAAAAGAUCGCGAAGAGCUAGAGAGGCAUCAUGUAGACCAGGACCGCUCCCGGUUUGGGCGCCUGAGACACAUGAUGCUGGAGCGCAGACGUCUCUCCAACGCACUAUUUCAGGUGGCUGAUCUAAGGAGCGAGAUUGGAAUUUCGGCCAUAAAAGAUCUUUAUAGUCUUUUAAAGAACGAUUGCCAAAUUGCGUAUCAGCCAUCUCUGCGGCCAAUUAAUGGCAAAUGCCCCAGGAAGGAAUACAACGUCGAAAUCGACUCCUAUCCCUCUCCAAAGGCUGGUUGCCGGUUAAAAACUGAAAAGGAUCCAUUCAUAAGGGAUUAUGCGGCGCCAAAUCCUCACCAGCCAAAGCGUCGUCGAAUUCGUGAAAUCAGCACCGAUGUAAUUAAGGAAAACCCUUUUAAAACUCAGUCUGAAACGAUUUGCACCACGCCGUCUACUCUUAACAUUCUUUCAACAAAUUACGAUUCUUUUAAUGCGAGCACCCCUGUGCCCCCAAUUUCCGAAGAUAAUUCACACUACGCGGGUACUCGUCAAACAACAAUAAUACAUCGCACCUCGAUCCUUCUUCAAACUCUAAGAUCUGCGAACCUGUCAAGAUUCUCGGAUUCGCUGUAG